AUGGCGCCCUUCAACGCUGCUGAGGAAGUCGAACCCCCCUUCCAGAAGAAGUACUUCUCCACAGAGUUCAUGAUGAAGUACGAGCCCCUAGCCGCAGCAACCCGAAGGCUCAAUGAAGACAAGAACGAUGCCGAAGCCCAGAAGAUGUACGAUGAGCACUUUCCGCUCUACAAGACGUACGACUGGUGCAGCUCAUGGGACGGCACGAAGUAUGACUUGGUCUUCUACGGAGUGUCCGGCUACACUGGAUAUCUGAUGAUGGAGUACCUCAAGCGCGUGUCGCUCAAGCUCAGCGCGGAAGACUUCACGUUCGCGUUUGCCGGACGAACUCCUGGCAGAGUGCAGUCAUUGCGUGAUCGUGAAUUCGCCGGCACGCCAUACGAGGACACGCCAGUCAUGCAGAUGUCCUACGAUGACCCCUACUCCAUGAUCGAUCUGGUCAAGAGCGCCCGGUGCAUCAUCAACGUGGCAGGGCCUUACAUGCUCACGCAAGGAGAGUUGAUGAUUGACUGCUGCAUCUCCAUGGGAGUGCACUACUGCGAUAUCAGUGGAGAGAUCCCAUGGUCCAGACGCAUCACUCCCCUGCACAAGCACGCCCAGAAGAAUGGCGCCUUUAUCAUCCCAAGUGCGGCCUCUGCGGGUGGUUUCCCAGAUCUUUGCACCUUCCUGUGCGCAAAGAAGGCCCGAGAGGACUACAACGAGGAGCUGAGGAAAGCCAUUUGCUACGUGAACGGCGGUGGUGCCAUUGCCACGGCCUCCGGAGGUACCCUGAAGACCCGUGCCACGAUGGCUGCCGGGGGUGACGAGACCAGGAAGAUGAUGGGCGAUCCCUACGCGCUCGGAGGCUUUGUCCCGGACCGGGACCGUCACGGCAUCAAGUAUUGCAACAUUGAGUUCGGCACUGGCCAGGUCACCACCAAGGUGCGCGCCGAAGACUUGGACGCCAACAUGUCCAAGAUCUCCGAAGACAAGCACUUGGGCAUUUGGCGUGGGCCAAACGUGUACUCCUACUUCGAUACGCGCAUUGUCCGCCGCUCCAACAUGCUGUUGGCAGACAUGGGUGGCUACUGUUACGGGAAGAGUUUGAACUUCCUGCAGUUCUCCGUCCUGCCGACAGAGAUGCUCCUCCAGGCAAAGGCUGGAGGAGGCGGCGGCGGAGGAGGCGGUGCCACCGGUGGCAGCGUUGAGGCGGAGAAGAAGGCCCUGGAGGCCAAGGGCGUGUACUACGGAGCUGGCGAGGGGCCUCCUCUCGAGGAGCUUGACGAUGCUUGGAGCGCAUGGUUUGUGUGGGCACAGACUGAGAAGGGGCAUGAGAUCAAGUGCGAUUUCAUUGGCCGAGACGGCUACUUCGAGACUGCACGGAUUGCGGUGGAGACG